AGGCUGCGCCACUCAUUCGAUGUGAUUCAACUGGAGAAAGGAUAAAGUGUCCAAACGCAGAGAAAAACUCCUGCUGAAGUGACUGAUCUCCACACUGUUAUAAAGAUGGCGUUUAUUAAAGAGGAGAGUGAAGAUGUGAAGAUUGAAGAAACAUUCACAGUCAAACAGGGAGAUCCACAGGAACAAACAGAUCUGAUGGUGCUGAAAGAAGAGACUCGUGGACAGAAUGAAAUAGAUGAGAAACAGCAGUUUGAGAAACCAAAAGAAAUAAUGACUGAUGAAAAACCCACACUGACUAAAAAGACUUCAUCACACGGAAGACCUCGGAAAUCCAAAUCUGGGUGUAAUUUUAGCUGUAAACAGUGUAGAAAGAGUUUCAGUCAGAAGUCAAAGCUUGAUGUUCACAUGAGAGUUCACACUAGGGAGCAACCUUUCACCUGCAAACCGUGUGGAAAGAGUUUUGGUCAAAUACAAGGCUUUAAAGCCCACAUAAGAUAUCACACUGGAGAGAGGAAGUUCCCAUGCCAACAGUGUGGAAAAAGCUUUUAUUAUGCUGGAAACCUUGCAGCACACAUGAGAAUUCACACUGGUGAGAAGCCUUUCAGCUGUAAACAGUGUGGAAAGAGUUUCAGUCAAAAGUCAAACCUUGAAAUUCACAUGAGAGUUCACACAGGGGAGAAACCUUACACCUGCGAACAGUGUGGAAAGAGUUUUAGUCAAAAACAAUGCUUAAAAACCCACAUGAGAACUCACACUGGAGAGAAGCCUUUCAGCUGUAAACAGUGUAGAAAGAGUUUCAGUAAAAAGCUGACCCUGAUUGCUCACAUAAGAGUUCACACUAGGGAGAAACCUUACACCUGCGAACAGUGUGGAAAGAGUUUAGGUAAAAAACAAGACCUUUACAUCCACAUGAGGAUUCACACUGGAGAGAAACCUUACACAUGCACAGAGUGUGGUAAAAGUUUCCCACAUAAAAGCUCACUCAAACACCACAUGAGAACUCACACUGGAGAGAAGCCGUUUACAUGUGAUGAGUGUGGAAAGAGCUUCUCAACCAAAGCUAGCCUCAAGAACCACAUGAAUGGUCACACUGGAACCAUAGUGUUCACAUGUGAUCAGUGUGGAAAGAGUCUCAAUCGCAAAGACACCAUUAAGAAACACAUGAAGACUCACUCAGGAGAGGAUCAUUUUAGAUGCAGUGAGUGUGGAAAGGGCUUUAAAAGUAAAAGAAGCCUCAGCGCUCACCUAAAGCUUCACAAUGGAGAGCAGAGUCCUCAACAUUAAGGUCUUGUCCACACAAACACGGGUAUAUUCAAAACGACAGCUUUUUCACUGAGUUUGGCUGUUCAUUUAAGUGAAGUUUAUUUAUAAACUACCUUUGAGAGGAUCACAUGCUUAUGAUUGUCCAUGGCUGGUCGCACAUUAGAUAAAACAUGAUUCACCAAUCAGAUGAUUCCUAACUCACUAUAAAUAGAGUUUCUUACCUUAGUUAUAUUCAUCUUGAAGAAUCCCCCUCCCACCUUUACUCCCCCUUCUUUUUAGAUUAGGCAACACCGCAGCCCAGUGGUUAGCACAAUUGCCUCACAGUAAGAAUGUCACAGGUUAAAGUCGCUACUGAACCAGAUGACAUUUUUGUGCAGUUUGCUCAUUCUCCCCGUGCUCGUGUGGGUUUCCCCUGGGUUCCCUAGUUUCCUCCCACAGUCCAAAAACACACAACUUAAGUAAACAGAACAUUACAUUGGCACCAUAGUCGAGCUCUUAGUAAGCCUUAUAUCUCCCUUAAGCCAACCCUAUAUCUGUCAUUAGAAUAGAAACAAGUUUGGGGAGUUCAUCAAGAUCUACCUGAGCUCACACUCCCCUCUCGCCCUGCUUACAGGUUGGGGUGGUACUUUGGGUUAAGUUACUUGAAGACUGACGAGUUAACAUCACUGCUGAGGAACUGCACUAUUCAUUGUCUUCAAUAAAGUUUUCUCCACGUAA